CGGCGGGAAGUGGAUGCCGAGUGACAGCAGGAGCCCCGGCGCCGGGCGCGGGGCUCGGUGACAGCGGAGGCGGCGGCCGCAGGCUGGACGUAGGGAGAGGCGGCGGCGCCGACUGCAGAGGGAAGGGCAGACUGGGCGGGCCUCCCUAGUGGCGCGGAGCCGGAGGAGCCCGGGAGGGGGCGGCCGGCGCAGCUCACGGGCCGGACACCUGAACUUGGGACAAGUUGCCAGAGCCGCGGGGCGCGGGCGGCGGACGGAUUGACCUUCAGAGAUAGGUGAGCGGUACCAGGGGGCAAGAGGGAGCCAGCAGCCACUAUGGCGUCGCGCAUUGGGCUCCGCAUGCAGCUCAUGCGGGAGCAGGCGCAGCAGGAGGAGCAGCGGGAGCGCAUGCAGCAGCAGGCCGUUAUGCAUUACAUGCAGCAGCAGCAGCAGCAGCAGCAGCUGGGGGGGCCACCUACCCCCGCCAUCAACACCCCCGUCCACUUCCAGUCUCCGCCACCAGUGCCUGGGGAGGUACUCAAGGUGCAGUCCUACCUGGAGAACCCCACCUCCUACCACCUGCAGCAGUCCCGGGACCAGAAGGUGCGGGAGUACCUGUCCGAGACCUACGGGAACAAGUUUGCCGCCCACAUCAGCCCCGCCCAGGGCUCCCCAAAGCCCCUGCCAGCUGCCUCCCCAGGGGUGCGGGCCGGACACGUGUUGUCUUCCUCAGCCGGCAACAGUGCUCCCAACAGCCCCAUGGCCAUGCUGCACAUCGGCUCCAACCCUGAGCGGGAGUUCGAUGUCAUCGACAACAUCAUGUGUCUGGACGAUGUCCUGGGCUUCAUCAAUCCUGAAACUCAGAUGCCCAACACGCUGCCCCUGUCCAGCAGCCACCUGAACGUGUACAGUGGAGACCCCCAGGUCACCGCCUCCCUGGUGGGCGUCACCAGCAGCUCCUGCCCGGCUGACCUGACCCAGAAGCGAGAGCUCACAGAUGCCGAGAGCCGGGCCCUGGCCAAGGAGCGACAGAAGAAGGACAAUCACAACCUCAUUGAAAGGAGACGGAGGUUCAACAUCAAUGACCGCAUCAAGGAGUUGGGAAUGCUGAUCCCCAAGGCCAACGACUUGGACGUGCGCUGGAACAAGGGCACCAUCCUCAAGGCCUCUGUUGACUACAUCCGGAGGAUGCAGAAGGACCUGCAGAAGUCCCGGGAGCUGGAGAACCACUCUCGGCGCCUGGAAAUGACCAACAAGCAGCUCUGGCUCCGCAUCCAGGAGCUGGAGAUGCAGGCUCGCGUGCACGGCCUCCCCACCACCUCCCCGUCGGGCAUGAACAUGGCCGAGCUGGCCCAGCAGGUGGUGAAGCAGGAGCUGCCCAGUGAGGAGGGGCCCGGGGAGGCCCUGCUGCUGGGGGCUGAGGUCCCGGACCCGGAGCCCCUGCCGGCCCUGCCCCCCCAGGCCCAGCUGCCCCCACCAGCCCAGCCGCCCCAGCCCCCCUCCCCAUUCCACCACCUGGACUUCAGCCACGGCCUGAGCUUUGGGGGCGGGGGCACCGAAGGGCCCCCAGGCUACCCUGAACCUCUGGGGCCCGAGCACGGCUCCCCGUUCCCCAACCUAUCCAAGAAGGAUCUGGACCUCAUGCUUCUGGACGACUCACUGCUACCACUGGCCUCCGACCCCCUCUUCUCCACCAUGUCCCCUGAGGCCUCCAAGGCCAGCAGCCGCAGGAGCAGCUUCAGCAUGGAGGAGGGCGAGGUGCUGUGACCGGGGCUCCGGGGGCAGGCCUGGGGGGGCUGGGAGGGCCAGGGCCGCUCCUUCCCACCCUCCAGGCUGCACUUGAGUGUGAAGUAGCCCUGCCUCCCUCCUCCUUGUCGGUCCCCCCGUUUGGACUUAGUGCCCGCUUGGCAUCCUGUGGGGUCGGGAGCCCCCCACCCACGGGCAGCCCUCUGGAUGGGGCUGGGUGGGAGUAGGUUUCAAGCCGGCUCCUGGAGGUGAAAUCGUGAGGGGAAGGGAGGUAAGAAGAGGACCUGGCCUCUGGGUCUGGCCCCCCCACCAAUGGAGGGGGCCUCGUUGGAAUAAGGGGUUCAGAAGUUCUUUCCCUGAGGUAGUGACUGGUCCAGGGGGUGCCCAGGCCUCCUGCCUUUCUGGGACUCCAAUGGCAACAAGCCUGUCCUCCAGCCUGGCACUGUCCCCCGCCCCCGCACAGGUGGGGCACUCCCACCCCCCUUUGGUGCUAACAGCUCUCCACCAGGUGAUGUGAGGGCGGGGGUGGCCAGAAAGGGGGGGGGCAGUGCUGGGUUCAAGUUAGAGUGUGGGGUCACUGCUGGAAGAGCAGCUCCCCUCCAAGGCUCCCCACUUUGUGCCUUUAGUAAACACUGUGCUUUGUA